UUCGAAGGGAUUUCUCUUCCUUGAUCUAGGGUUUCGUCUUUGCGCGUGGGUUCCCCGCGUUUUUGCUCGAAAUCUCCAUCGGAAGCAAUUUCGAAUCUCGGGUGUGGUUAUCGAAAUAGGAUCGGCGCUAGGAAUCCUUACUUGGGAAGCGUAGGCUUUAUCGUUUCAUGUUCGCGGACUCCUGAGGGAUCCUUGAAUUGGUUAUUGAUCUCGGGGGAGGAAGCCCGUCUGAAACUUGAGAAUGGUUGUUGGUACUUUUGGUUGAUAAGGUUUGUGACGUUGAAUCCUGGGGCCAUCCGUUCCGGACGUGAUUUCGGAAGAGUGAUCUCUUGAGUGGUGGUUUCUUUUGAGUGAGAUUGGGUACAAUGUCUCGCUGCUUUCCGUAUCCGCCGCCUGGGUUCCUAAAGACCAAUGGCGAGAGUGCGGUCUCAAAGGCUGGGGAAGAAAGACACAAGAACAAUAAAGAGAGGAAAGAGAGAAAGAAAGACAGGAAACAUAAGGAGAAAAGUUACAGGGACAAUGGAAUGGUAAAAGAGAAGAAGCAUCGUGAGCAUAAGAGGCACAAACAUGAGCGGAGCAAGACAAAGCACAUAGUAGGAGAUCGUGCAGAGAGAAGAGAAGAUGAAAAUGAGCAGAUGGAGAGGAGUAGCCUUACAGAAGAACUCGGACAACCAGUUGGCUUUCAGAACUUCUCGGACUCUUUUGACAGCGCUCAUUGCAGAGGGAAGCGCCCUCAUGAUGAUUCGACCUGCGCAUGCGGCCCCUCUUUUCACAAGAAGCAACGAACUUGUGAAGCAGACAGCACCUGUGAAGGAAAAGGCCUUUGGAUUCGGUUGCCUGUCCUGAAAGAUGAACAGCAGGAAUCAAGCAACCGGGCCUCUGUGGGCGUUCUUGCAGCUCUGCCACAAAUGGGAGAAACAGCCUCUUCUCUGCACAGCGGUGAAGUUGGUCGCCACAAGGCAGAAGCUCGAUUUAAGUAUGGAGCUGAGGAUUUGUGCCCUGCACUGCCGCCGAUGUCUAGCGAGCUAAGUGAGCCGGAGAACCUAGACUGGCUCUUUGAAAAGAAGCAUCAUACGCAUGACAAAGAAAGACGGAAAGCCAACGAAGAGUUAGGGGAAGGCGUUUCUGAAGUCUGGUCAUGCGCUUGUUACCUGCCAUCAGCCGAUCUGCAUGUGCUUCCGUACGUGAACCCCUACUAGAUAGGGUAGCUGAAUUACAUAGUGAGAAUUGUGAAUAUAUAAAGAUAUGAGAGAAUUGCACGCAUUAUACAAAAUGGCCAUGUCCUUCCUGUGUGCAUCCUGGGGAGAAGUAGAGGUUUCCGCUAUUAUUGUGGAUGAGGAAAGGAGUAGAGACGUGUCUGUGGGGGUUCCACCUAUCCCAGGCCGCUCCUUGUUUUUACUAAGAGCGACUGCCGUGAUGAAUGCUAUUUGUACAGAUGAAUAUUCUAUUAAUGAAUUUAUAGUCCAUCAAUUUAUAAAAUUUUGAUUCUAAAAGAUGGAACACCUCGCUUCAAGGUAAAAGGUUGGUGAUGAAACCUUGCCUUUGCCGCUUGAUUGUUUGAAGCUGGUCGAGGAUGUUGAAGCUGUCAAUAUCAGCAAAAUGAUGUCAUGUAUCAAUAAAAAUGUUUUGAAUGAUUGCAUUAUUUUCAUAGUAUCUUCAGACAA